CAUUGCUAGUGAUACAUUACAUCUGACGAAUGUGAAAAUGUGACAAGACUGAAACAGAUAUUAUUGUGUAUGUAAACAUUGCAGGAAGAAAAUUGUUGCACAUUUGACAUUUCCUUGAAUGAUAGACAGUGGCAUAAGCCAACAGGUGGUUAUUCAAAGUUAUUUUAGGUAGGAAAAACCUUUCUUUCAUGACACUUCACUGUAGUGGGACUUUCAUCGAGUACCUAUUAAAGAUAAAACCCCAUAAUGGGUGAAAUGUAAAAUAGUGUAUCCUUGUUAUCUGUAGUGGUUCUAGGGAUACAUCUAUGAAUAUUUUAUUUGAAUAUUGUUACAUUUAAAAAGAAUGUGGAAGUAUACAAGAUUUUGUGUGUACAGUGUUAGUGGCUGAUAAGAUAAUAGAUUACAAGUUGAUAUGUUUGCAGCUCGGUAAGACAGAUGCACUUGAAUCUACAGAAUGAGGAUUCUCGAGAGCGCAUGGGAUAUAUUGAUAUACAGUACUAUAAUUAGUUAAUUGUUCCAUGGAUCAUUCUUCCCAUGGCUCCAUCUCUGGCUUGGUCUACUAAAUUGGAAAAGAAACGUUAUUAAGCAUUUGAAAAUGAAGAUAAGUGCAUGUCUAAUGGAACUGAUAAACCUGGCUAUAUGAACAGUUUUAUGUCUUUCCUUGAACAUAAUGAACCAGGUGAGAAAUCUGGUGCACAACUGAGUGAACAUCAAGGUGCACAUCCUGGUGAACACCAAGGUGAACAGUCUGGUGAACCAGGUGAUCGACCUGUUGAGCAUCUUGGUGAACAAGCUGAUCAGCCUGAUGAACAGCCUGAAGAUAUGGAUGACCAACCUGAAGAGCACCUAGAUGAGCACGAUGAACAGCCAGAAGAGGACCCUGAUGAUCCGCCUGAAGCGCCCCUUGAUGAACAACCUGAUGAGCCUGUUGAUGAACAGCCUCCUGAACCUCUUGAUGACCAACCUGAUGAGGACCUUGAUGAACAGUCUGGUGAAAUGAAUGAUGCUCAACGAGAACAAUGCACUGCAUCAGAAGCAGAUGAGGCUCGGUCAGACAGUAGAAGCCCUGAAAAUAAUUUAUUGGCGGUUAAAGUGAAGCCGGAACCUAUUGAAAUCAAGACAGAGGUAUUUGCAACAUCUAUAGAGUUUGAUCCCCCUGAAGAGGAUGUCACACCAACAGACCAUACUCCAGCUGAUCCCUCCUUUACUACAGAUAUACCUCAUUCAGGCUAUCCAUUACAUACAGACUUAAGUGAAAAACCAUCUAUUGAUGGGGAAAACACCAACAGUUCGGAAGCCACAAACCAUAGUGAGGGUACAGAAGCCAAUAAAAGUGGUCGCCGUAAUGUGGCACGUAGGGGUCGCCGUGGCAAUAAAGGCCCAGGUCUAAACGCUGGAGGAACCCCACAAAGAGAAAAUUUACGAAGAACAGCACGGAAUGUUCAACGUUAUGGUCAUAUUGAUGCAGAAUCUGAUGGAUUUGCUGACUCGGAUCCUGAUUUUCAUUUAAGUGAUUCUGAUGAUGACCCAGAUUUUAAUCCCCUCAACAAAAAGACAAAUGCAUUAAGCGAUGAGGAAGAAUUUCGACCUCGAAGAGGUCGUGGACGAGGGCGAGGAUCAGGAGGACAUAGAGGCGUAUUCAUUUCGCCAGGUCGAGGUGGCUCGGGCAGAGGUGGAGUGAAGCGAGCGCAUGAUAGCAAUUCCAGCAAAGAUGAUUCUUCUAGUAAUGCUGAGAAACUCUCUUCCACCUCUGGUGGCACUCCAAUCAACCCUCCUAAGAGGCGUGGUAGACCCCCAUCAUAUCAGAACACAACAGUAGUCAGUAGUGGUGGCGGCGGCGGCGGCGGUGGUGGCCUUGGUGGCAGCGUUGGUGGUGGCGGCGGGAGCGGUGGUGGUGCCGGCGGUGGUGCCGGUGGUGGUGCCGGUGGUGGUGCCAGUGGUGGUGGUGGUGCCGGUGGUGGUGGUGGUGCCGGUGGUGGUGGCAGUGAUGGUGGCGGAGACAACACAGUUUCAAGUACGGAUGAUAAGAAAUCAUCAUCCAAGCUGAGCUCUGCCUACAACUAUGCCAGUGGUCGAGUCCAGCGCCAACACCAGGCAAUCCGGCUGCCAGAGGGGCCUCAGCUUACAGCUGAACAACUUGAAAUGGUUGAAUCUCAGUUCAAGGCCACCAGAAUCAUGAGCAAGAAACGUAAUUACAUCGAGUCGUACAUUCAAUUUGGCUUCACUAGCAUCUUUCAAAAGGGAAUAACAAAGCCUCAGUGUGUUGUCUGCUUGUCAAUUUUGUCACAAGAAAGUAUGAAACCGAGCAAACUGAAAAGACAUUUGAAUGCUUGUCAUCCUGAACUGGCAAACAAAGAUGUUGCCUUUUUCAAACUAAAAGAGGAGAACGUCAGAAGGCAAAGACCAGACACCCGUGACAAUAUUCAUAUCUCUGGUCAUUCGGCAUUGAAAGCCAGUUAUGAGGUUUCCCUUCUUCUGAUGCAGAAAAAGAAACCACAUACAAUUGCAGAAGAAUUGAUAAUUCCAGCAGCCAAAUUAAUGGUUCGGAAUAUGUUAGGCGAGCGAGAAGCUCGGUUAUUGGACAAGAUCCCAUUGAGUAAUUCUACAGUGAGACGACGCAUAAUGGACAUGGCAGGGGAUAUAAAGGAGCAAGUUAUUGGAGAGAUACAGGCAUCUGAAGCAUGGAGCAUUCAACUCGAGAGCACAGAUAUUGCCUCUGUUGCACAACUGAUGGCAUUUGUGAGAUAUCUGUAUGAGAAUGAACUGAAAGAAGACUUCUUAUUUUGUUUACCCCUUGAGGAGCACACCUGUGCAGCCAACAUUUUUCAGAAGGUGCAAGAUUUUGGUAAUCAGCAUAAAUUGCCAUGGCAGAAACUAUUUGGAGUAACAACAGAUGGGGCAUCAGCUAUGUUGGGUGCUACAUCAGGGUUUCAAGGUUUAAUGCGCACCAUUGCUCCAAAUAUAAUUGGUCUACACUGCAUUCUGCAUCGAGAAGUUCUGGAUGCAAGAACCUUACCUGAAGAUUUGACAACUGUUUUAGACACAGUUGUGAAGACUACUAAUUACAUUAAAGCUAAUCCAUUCAAAUCAUGCUUGUUUUCUCUUUUGUGUCAAGAUAUGGGAGCAGAACAUGAAGUGAUCAUCCUCCACAGUGCUGUGUGCUGGUUGUCAAGAAGUAGGGUUCUUGAACGCAUGUUUGAGCUUCGAGCUGAGGUAACUCAAUUCUUGAGGCAGCAGAAGAAGGUGGAGCUGAUUUCAAAGCUUGAGAAUGCAACAUGGAUGUUGAAGCUAGCCUACUUAGUUGAUAUUUUUGGUAAGCUCAAUGCAUUGAGUACAGCACUGCAGGGGCAGGACAUUAAUGUUAUUGAGGCAACAGAGAAAAUUCAUGCUUUUAAGGACAAGCUUGGUCUUUGGGUGAUGAAAGUAGAGAGGUCCCAUUUUGCUGCCUUCCCUACACUGGCACAGUUUGCAGAAGAGGUUGAGGUGGACCCAUGUGAAAUUAAGAACUCAAUUUGUGAUCACUUGUGCAAACUGAAGAUGGAAUUAGAUCGAUAUUUCCCAGAGGUCCCAGAGUUUCACAAGCUCAUCUCUCUUGUUCAAAGCCCAUUCCUAUGUCAAAUUGAUGUUGUGGAAGAAGACGCAGCUCAAGAAGAGCUCUUGGAGUUACGCCGGGAUGGUGAUGCCAAAAUGCUACACGAAUCAGGUGUGAAGACGAUUGACUUUUGGCUUAAGAUGAGGGGCAAAUACCCACAAAUUUUCAAGAUAGUCACAAAAGUCAUAGUUGCGUUUCCAACAACUUAUUUAUGUGAACGUGCAUUCUCAACCUUAGUAGUAAUCAAGAGUAAAGCCAGAAACAGGCUCAUUGAUGUUGAUAGCGACAUACGAUGUUUGUUGAGUAAGACCAGUCCUCGAAUUGAUUUGUUAUGUGUAAAAAAUUAAAAAAGACCAUUUUUCUAGUCUGGAGACAGCAUUUUCCAUGGAAGCAAAAAGGAGAAAUUAUGAGAGAAUAUAGCAGUACCAACGAUCUUAUAUAGCUGUGAAGCAUGGGUGGUGAAUGUUGCAACAAGAAGGCUGGAGGCUGUGGAGAUUAUGUGUCUGAGGGUAAUAUGUGGUGUGAAUAUAAUGCAGAGAAUCCAUAGCUUGGAGAUUAGGAGGUGCUGAGUUUCUAAAAGUAUUACCCAGAGCUCAUAGUAGAGGUUAAGAUGGUUUAGACAUUUUGAGAGGAAGGAACAAAAUAAAAUAACUUGGAGGGCAUAUAAAUCUAGUGGAAAGAAAGCAGGACAGGGGAUUGUGCUAGGAAAGGUUGGAGGGGGAGGGUAAAGAAGGUUUUGUGUGUGAGGGGCUUGGACUUCCAGCAAACGUGCAUCAGCGUGUUAGGAGCGAGUGGAGAUGAAUGGUUUUCAUGACUUGGCGUGCUGUUGGAGUGUGAACAGAGUAACAUUUAUGAAGGAAUUCAGGGAAACUGGUUAGCUGGACUCCUGGAGGUGGGAAGUACAGUGCCUGCACUCUGAAGGAGGGGUGUUGAUAUGUUGCAGUUUUUUUUAACUGGAGUGUAGGAAUGCCUCUGGCAAGACAGUGAUGGAGUGAAUAACGAUGACAGUGGUUCUUCUUUUUCCGGUCACCCUGUCUUGGUGUGAAAUGGCUGAUAGGUAAAUAAUAAAUUUUCUAGACUGUUUGUCGUAGAUUUUAGUCAUUUUAUUUUUUUUAUAUUUAUUUAAUAUUUAAAAAUACACUUGUUCAGUUUCCUAUUACUAGGUAGUGCAUAGUCCCUACUGAUGUUUAUCUAUCAGUAGUGUGGUAAAUAAAUAUGAGCAUAGUAUAAUGCAAAUCAUGUUCAAAAUCAUUGGAAUUUGCAGCAUAAAGUACAGUAACACAAAGUUUUGUUUUUUAUCCCAUAACUGAAAAUAUUGUAUCCUUCUAAAGGUGAAUAAAGUUAGAUAAAAUUCCCAAUCUGUUUUUUUUUUAAUUCUGGUAAGGGUGACAGGGUUGUAGCCAUGUUUUCGUACUGGUGGGUCACCUGGAAAAAAUUUGGCUGAUAAACUGUAUUAGAUGUUGCAGCCAGUUGAAUGGAGGGCAUUAAAUAUGUCUGAAGGUUAUAAAAAAAUUAAUACUGGAUAAAAAAAUAGGAAGUGGAACUUAUGGACAAAUGAAUAAUAUCCCAUUGUUUCUAAAAUGCUAGUAAGACAAAAAAAAAAAAAAUAGAUGAAACCCUAAGAAUAAAGCCUUCCAACUAGGAAAUGGGUUAGUUUUUAGUUAACAAAUUCAUGUGUGCAUAUCAGAUCUAAUAAGCUGAUUAGACAGGAGAUGGAGUGGCACAUUUCAUUUAUUCAUAUUAAAAAAAAAAAUGCUGUAGAUUGUGUAAAAUACAAAUUAUUAGUGGAUGAUGAAUUUUUUCUUAAAGGAAAAUGCAAAUACAUGUAGUGGUAAUGUGGCAAGAAUUGGUGCUUGCUUUGAUGUUUCUGACUAUAUACAGAUUUAUUAUAAGAGAUAAAAUAUUAUUAUUUUUUUUUAUUAUCACACUGGCCGAUUCCCACCAAGGCAGUGUGGCCCGAAAAAGAAAAACUUUCACCAUCAUUCACUCCAUCACUGUCUUGCCAGAAGGGUGCUUUACACUACAGUUUUUAAACUGCAACAUUAACACCCCUCCUUCAGAGUGCAGGCACUGUACUUCUAUUAUGUAAACACAUUUGCAGAUGGUGAAUAUCCUAUGCAAAAUAAACUAUUGAACUGAUAACCUGUUAAGUACUUGAGGGCCUGGUCCCAAAUUGGCACACUACCAUAACAUACUGGAGUGAGAGAUAUGGGAGUAAGUGCAAAAUAAACCCAGUGUGGAGCAGGGGUGUGGUGGGCACAAUAAAGGAAAAUUGCAUUAAUAUUCAUGGCCCAGACUAUUCAACAUCUUACCAGAAGAUAUCAAAACCAUGGCUGGAACAAGUGUAGAAGUCUUAGAGUAAACUGGACAACUAUCUUCACCAGGUGCCAGAUCAACCAGGCUGUGAUGGAUGUGUGGGGCAGCAGACCUCCAGCAGCAACAGCCUGGUUGACCAAGCAAGCACCAGAUGAGCCUGGCCUAUGGCUGGGCUCCGAGAGUAGCAAGACUCAAAACUUAUCAAAGGUAUAUCAAAAAUAUCCCUUCAAUACAGGAAGCCUUGAUAGUCUGAGCAAGUGAUAUGACAGAUGGAUGAUGGAAUACAGUGUUGAUAAGAUUCACAUAAUAGAGAUUGGCGAAUGAAAAAAAUAACCACACAAAGGAGGUACAUCGCAAUUUAAUACUAAUACCAUCUAACACAGACGGGUUUGGAGAUUGUCGUUGAUGAGACUGGAAUAUAUUGAAAUAGCGAGAAAUCCAUAUGCUACACCAGUCAACUUUAAAAAUGUCCUUUUAAAUGUGUAUACAUGUGCAGUGCUUAAAAACUGUUUACAAUAUAUGUUAAGCCAAAUUUGAAAUAAAUGAAGAUUUGGUGUCUUGCCUUUAAUUAAUGUGUGUGUCAGAGAAGUCCAGAGGUAAGCUACAAGAUCACUCCUAAAAUUG